AUGUACCAAAACGAUUACCAGAAAUUCUCGGCUUCACCUCCGCCCUCAGCGCCUCCUUAUACCUCCAGUCAACCCGCGAUGGCCACGGGUAUUCCGAUUAGCUCCACCGGUGGUCUUCAACCUGGAACUGAGGUCCCUUGGUCCACCGGCCUUUGUGAUUGCUUCUCGGACGUCACAAACUGUUGUAUCACGUGCUGGUGUCCAUGCAUUACUUUUGGGCAGAUUGCUGAGAUCGUUGAUAAAGGAACAGUGAGUAAGUAUUUAUUAUUAGCUAGACACGAAGAUAUAUAUAUAUAUAUAUAUUGCCAGAUUAUUUUUAAGAUGUUUGGUGGUGAUUUGAUUUCAGGUUGUUUUGCAAGCGGCGCCAUUUACGCAGCACUUACAUAUUUCACGACCUGCGCCUGUCUCUUCUCCUGCUCGUACCGCACCAAAUUGAGGAAGCAGUUGAUGUUGAAAGAGAGCCCUUGUGGAGACUGUCUUGUUCAUUUCUGUUGCGAGACAUGUUCUUUGUGUCAGGAGUACCGCGAGCUCACUCACCGUGGUUUCGACAUGUCCCUCGGAUGGGAAGGAAAUAUGGAGAGACAGAAUCGUGGAGUGGCGAUGGCUCCCGUGGUGGAAAGAGGAAUGCAGCGCUAGUGUGGACGAUCUGCUUGUAUAUGUUUUUGGACCAGACAAUAUUAUGCUAAGAUGUGUGUUCGUGGCAGCGUGUGGAUCACCUAUCCCGUAUCCAGAAUGGUUGGCCGCAAUGUGCUAAAAUGAUUUCACCACCGAAUUAAUAUUAUCACCCUGUAACCAAUCCAGUUCUAGCAAUCUCUUUCUAAUCGUGUUAUAAAUGCUUGUAAUAGUGAAUGUUAAUUACCAUUGUAUUAAUUUCAGUUAUGAAAAUUCCUCUUAAUCAUGCUUACCGUAUGAUUAAUUUAAGCCCAA